CGCAUCUCGAGCACUCCGCACGCGCACGCUCCUGCACCAACAUGAUUCGCUCCUGUAUUGCCUUAGUUCUAGUGGUUGCCACGGCCGUGGUGGCCGAAUAUGGACAUGGUGGACUCCAUGGCGGUGGACACCUUGGUGGAUACGGUGGCGUCGGAGCCAUCGGCCACGUCGGUGGACACGCCAUCAACGGCAUUCAUGGUGGACAUGGCGGUGGAUAUGGACAUGGCAAAGGAUUAUACGCUCCUGCGCACUACGGCUUCGAGUACGGCGUGCAGGAUCCGUACUACGGCGCCAACUUUGGCCACAAGGAGCAGCGGGACGGCUACAAGACCACGGGGGCGUACUACGUCCACCUCCCCGACGGCCGUCUCCAGAAAGUCUCCUACACGGCCGACGAGUACGGUUACCACCCGGUCGUUACCUACGAGGGUGUCGCCAAAUUCCCAGUAAUCAAGAAGGGAUACCAUUAAACCAAAUGAAAAUCACCUGAAUCGUAAAUGCGAACUUUGAAAUCUGAUAGUCGUUCAUGGAAAAUUUCAGAUCGCUGUCGUUCCGUGUGCUCGCACGUUUUUGUGAUUGUAUUUUAUCGAAAAUGUCGUUCUCCGUUAUUGCUUAAUCGAAUUAUUCCACAACACGUCCGCAUUGCGAUUACUGGAGAGGCAGCUCAGCUGAUUGGCUCUUGAAUUGAUUCCAAUUGUAAUUUUAAUUGGCGAAGAAGAGUUCGAAACGUCGGAUUUCAUAAAUUUAUUAUUAAUUUUAUGAUCUCCCACUCCCUCUUCAUUUUUUAAAACCGGUAUUGCAAUUUUGUUGUGGAAAGGAUGUUUGAUACGUUGUUGUUGUCCUUGUGAUAUCUAAUUUCAGUAACGAAUUCCGUAAUUACAACUAAGACUUUGCUGAAUAGAACAACUUAAUUCAAGACGAAAUAUUAAUUUAAACUGGUAAUGCAACAAAGGAUAAGCGACUUCUGAAAUUAAAUUCUAUUCAUCUGAAAGAAUACAGAUAAUGAAUUAAUAAUCUUGAUGAUUAAACUUGUACGCCUAUAAAUUUAACAACAUUCCAUGUAUAUGAAAUAUUCAAUUGUUUCAUGGGUAGAGUCAUAAUAAACAAAAUAGCUUCAGAUAGCAGAAUGACAAGUUUCCUGACAAAGCUCUUUGCAAUAAGAAUAAAUUUAACUUAAACAAAGAAAAUGUUGAACGACUUACGAAGUUGUAGUUUCUAUAUUACGUUUCUGGCAGCGUCUCCGUACCAAUAAGUUAGUUAGCUAAAAAACUUUAAAACGCAAAUAAUAGCCUAAUAACAAUUUAAUUACUUACUUAAGAUCAGAAAAGUUUUACGAAAAUAUGAAGCUCAUUUUGAUAAAUUUAAACUAGUUUGAUCAAAGCUUUUUAUGUAUAUGAUUUUUUUGUGAAUAAAUCAAACUCCGAAA